AUGGAGUCUCAGCCCGCCAUGGAAAGUAUUCCUACAAAGGAAAAUAAUGAAACGAAAGAAGAACAGGCCUAUAUAGAAAUAGAAAUACCUUAUACUCUCUUUCAGUUUCUUAGCUCAGAGAACUGUAAUGUGCAAAGUGUGUGUAGGAUAUGCCUAUCAACAAAUAAUGAUGUGUUAUAUCCGUUAGUGACUUCAAAGGAAAACAGUUGUUUGAUCGACAUGUUCAUGGCUUUGGUCACCGUACGACCAACACCAGAAGAUGGCCUACCAUCAAGCAUAUGUGAACAAUGUCAGAUGCUUGUGGUGCAGUAUUAUGAUUUCAAGAUCAAGUGCCAGAGGUCAGAAUGUAUGCUUCGGUCAAUCUUGAAAGGAGAAUUUAUCUGUAAGGAGGAGACAGCUGACCAGAGCAACAUGCCUGUAGAAGAAGUAGAUGCAAAUAUAGAUGCUACAAAUGAUAUCAAAAAAGAAGUGGAGCUUGUAGAAGAUGUCCAAUAUUUAGAGGAGUUCAAGGAGGAUCCCGCUGAUAGCAAACUUUGUAUAAUACAAGAAGGUGAAAACAUAAAAAGACGAUCAUUAAAAAAGGCUUUAAAGGGGUCCCUGAAAAAAGUUUUGUCUGUAAAGAAAAGAUUGGAGAAAAACCCAAAGUCAUAUACAUGUAUUCAUUGUUCUAAGGUAUUUGUUAAAGCAAAAACAUUUCACAUUCACAUGAAGAAUAAGCAUAAUAUUAGAAAGGAAAAGCGGCCACACCCCUGUACUCAAUGUAAAGAGUCAUUUGAAUCUGAACAUGACCUGUUUGUGCACUCAGCUUUACAUACUAAGGGUUCUUUGUGGAAAUGCAAUCAAUGUCAGAAGCAAUAUAAGUCCAAGACGACGUUACGUCGCCACCUGCAGCGUCACAUGCUAUUCAAGCCACAUUCGUGUGCGACGUGCCACAAAACGUUCACGGAGCUAUACGCGCUGCGGCGACACGUGCGCGUGCACACGGGCGAGCGUGUCGAGAAAAAGCAUGCGUGUCAUAUCUGUGACAAGAGGUACGCGGAGAGCGGCCUGCUGGCGGCGCACGUGGCGCGUCACGCGGGCGCGCGCCCGUGCGAGUGCGCCGCGUGCCACAAGCGCUUCCCCUCGCCGCGCCUGCUGGCCUCGCACAUGCUCGUGCACACCGACGCCAAGCCCUACGCCUGCGACUACUGCGACAAACGGUUCCGGCACGAAUCGACUCGAAACAUCCAUCAUCGCACACACACUGGCGAGAAACCAUACGUCUGUUCCGUCUGCGGAAAGAACUUCAUACAGAACUCUAACCUAACUUUACACAUGCGAACUCAUACAGGUGAACGUCCAUAUGCGUGUAACAUGUGCGAGCGCAAGUUCACAUCGGGCUCAUCGCUCAAGAGCCAUCAACGAAUCCACACUGGGGAGCGACCUUACAGCUGUAAGAUUUGUGGGAAAAGAUUCGCAAGAAUGAACUUGGGAGCGCACAUGCGCCAGCACACCGGUGAACGUCCUUUUGCAUGUAGCGCAUGUCCUAAGAAGUUUGUAAACGCUUCGCGACUGCGAGACCAUUGUCGAAUACACACAGGUGAAAAACCAUACGAAUGUGAAUAUUGCACCUCCACAUUUGCCACAAAAUCGCAAUUAGUCAAACAUAUGAAAUCACAUAACCCACCAAAGAAGAAAAAUAACUCUAAACGUGAACUAGUCGUAACGCAACAAGUUCCCUCGGCUAAAGCUGACAACGUUGUCAAGGAAAACGGAGAAUUGUUCACUGUUACUGAGGACACCGCAAUGGUUGACCAAAGCAAUAUUGCUAAGAAAAUAACUUUAGAUGUUGAAGUCCCAUUAGAAGUGACUGGCGAGUUAAUUCUUCAAGAUGAUAGCGACAUUAAAGCUGAAUUGUUGGUUGUAAAUAAUAGCGGAAAUAAUUACCCAAUAAGUAACAAUGACAUUUGUUUGAAUCCUGGUAAUAUAAAUAUAAUAAAUGGUGAAGUGAAUUAUGGGAGUGAUAUGAAUCUAGUGACAGUGAACGAAGACGGCGUCAGUAUCUCUGCGUCUGCCCUCGAAGGGACCACGGUGAAAUUGUACCAGCUCGACCAAAGUUUACUACAAAUACACAGUUCUGGCGGUCAACUUACUAUUAGUAAAAUUACUAGUAAAAUGACUGCGAAUUUUUAA